GCGAAUCCAUGGCCGAAAUGGGCUGGAGUAAUGCACGGUUAUGAGAUUGAGUUUGUCUUCGGAGUACCUCUGUACAAUUUCACAGCUGGAUAUACCUCACAGGAGCGCAUUUUUAGUGAAAAAGUGCUGAAGUAUUGGACUCAUUUCGCCAACUUCGGUGAGCCAAAUUUUGAUGGCCCUGGAGCAAUUCGCUGGCCGGAAUACCGCGAUAGCGAGCAGUGGAUGUACUUGCGAGCAAUGGAGCAUCGUCCGAUCGAAAGGCGCAAAAAGCGUGAAUGCGAAUUGUGGAGAAAUGCAAAGGAUUUGGAAUUUGCUGAUUACCGUAAGUUAAUGAACUUCAUAAUUCCACUGUAG